UUUUGACCCAUUCGGGUCGACCCGGUUUCAUUACACACAUUUCGUUCUUCCCCCUUUUCUCACACACCGUAACAAUGGGAGCUGAGGACAAUACACUACACCACGCGCCGCCUCAGGUUGCGCCGCCGUCGGCGGCCAGCAUCGACGCUUUCCUCGAGGCUGCUAGGUAUGAUGACAUAGACGAUGUCACGAGCAUUGCAUCGGCUGGCGUUCCUCUCGAUUCUAAGGAUCUCGAAGGCCGCACAGCAUUACAUAUGGCUUCAGCAAAUGGGCAUCUUGACAUUGUCGACUAUCUUAUUCGCAAUGGAGCGGAUGUAAAUGCUUGUAACACGGAGAAAAACACACCUCUUCACUGGGCUUGUCUAAAUGGCCACAUUGAGGUUGUCAAACGUUUGAUUCUUGCUGGAGCCAGUAUCUCGAACUUGAACAGCUAUGAGAGAACUCCAAUGGAUGAGGCAGUAAGUAGGGGAAAGAUGGAUGUGAUGGACGCAAUAAACGAAGCAGCGGCCCAACUUGAACUCACAGGGGCACAAGUUUCGUAGUCGUAAAAAUUGGACAAUGAGUAGAGGAAUGCACAAGUUUCUUAGUCGAAAAAAUUGGACAACGAGUAGAGGAAAUUAUGUGUGAAAUUAAAUAGACAAAAGACUGGAGCAAAUUAUCUGUGAAAUUUCAGACCAUUUAAAAUCUAUUCGUAUCACUAAAUUGUAGAUUUCAUUUAUUUAUCAGAUUUAUUGCAUCGAGCCGGUUGAUUGAGCUGCUGCUGAAAUGGAAUGUAGUUAAUUUUAUGACCUACUACUUUUAAAUGGGUUUUCUCGAAUGUAUGUUUGCUU